AUGACGCGUCCCAGCUCGUCGACACCGUUUUCAGUCAAGGAUAUUUUGAAGCUGGAACAGCAGGGUGGCUUUAAAAAUGAGGUUCUGAUGGCUGACCAAGUGGCUCCAGUGCAUCUUCACAACAUGCACGAAACUCAAAAGGAGCUUUUCACACACGACGCAGCGGUGGAGGAUGACAUGAAGAAACAUGAAACUUGUGUGCAGAGCGAAGGAGGUACCAAAGGAGGUCGGUCCUCUCGCAGGCCACGCGUGCUCUUCUCCCGGGCUCAGGUGAGCGAGCUGGAGCGUCGCUUCCGCCGGCAGCGGUACCUGUCGGCGGCGGAGAGGGAGCAGCUGGCUCUUGUCAUCAAGCUCACGUCCACCCAGGUCAAGAUCUGGUUCCAGAACCGCAGGUACAAGUGCAAGCGCCAAAGUCAGGACAGGAAUCUGGAGCUGGCACCCAAGAGGGUGCCCGUGCCGGUACUGGUCCGCGACGGGAGGCCGUGCGGGGCAACCUCGCUUUUCCUGCCUGCUCACGAUGCAACUUUGGGCCAUUAUAACAACAUGGUUGGAUAUGGGAACAGUGGAGUGUAUGGUUGGAGUUAUCACAGUGUGUCUGCUGAUGUCAAAAACACAGAGGGGGGCUUCAUGUGUGCACUGGAGGCUCUCAGAGGCUGCUGA